AAACGAUUUCUGCUCGGGAUCGAGAUUAAUCUGUUUCUAUCAUCGGAGUCUCUUGGGAGUUUUCAUAGUAUCUUCAUUACGUAAAGCAGCAUGUGCACGAAGAGAAACUUUCACUAACAUUAGACAUGAUUCAACAGGAUAUAUCGACAGGAUACAGAUGGCGCUGCAUGCCUUGAUUGCCAAUCAAAACACACGACGUAUAUUGGCGGUUUAUUCGCCUGUUGUGUGCAUUUGCGCCAAAUUACUUAGGGUAGACGCUUGGAAAGGAGAUAAAAAUUCUCAAUCUCUUGUCACGAUGUUGGGUACCGAACAGAUAAAGAGGUUAACGGAGAAAGUUUUUCAAGAUGAAAAUAUACGAAGAAUCAUGCCAAAAGGAAAACUGUUUACAGUUUCUGUUGAGGGAAACAUUGGAAGUGGAAAGACCACUCUAUUGGAUUACUUCAAGAACUCUCCAAAUGUGGAGGCAAUAAGAGAACCCGUGGAGCAGUGGACCAAUGUACAGGGACACAAUGCACUGCAACUACUGUAUGACGACCCCAAGAGAUGGAGUUUCACUUUUAACCUGUAUGCCCAGCUGACAAGAAUUCAGAUGCAUGCUAAAGAAACAGAUAAACCUGUCAAAUUAUUGGAGAGGUCCUUACACAGUACAAGAUACUGUUUUGUAGAAAACUGUCAUAGAGAAAAAGUGAUUAAUGGAUUGGAAUACUCUAUACUCAAUCAGUGGUUUGAUUAUUUGACAAAGAAAGACAACACUGGUUUGGACUUGAUAGUUUAUCUGAGAGCUGAUCCCGAUGUGUGCUAUGAGAGAAUCAGGCAAAGAGACAGGAAGGAAGAGGCGUCUGUACCUAUGAAUUUAAUCCAGAACCUACAUGAUCUUCAUGAAGAGUGGCUAGUACAACAGAAGUACUACAAGGCACCUGCCCCAGUCUUGGUUUUGGAUGCCAACUGUGAGUAUCUAGAAAUGAAAGAGAUGUACGAGACAAAAAGGGAGGAAAUCCUGUGUGGUUAUGUAUGAUAAUCGAAGAAGGACAGACUUGUUCAUUUAACUCUACCUCUGAAUUAUCACAGUUAGCUCAGGAGUAGAACAUUUCUAGAGUAAUUUGGAGUGUGAGGAAGAGAGAAGAAUUCCAGGCCUGUGUAAGUGGUCUUAGACUGUGCUGCCGAGCUGCGAGUGUUCAGAAUGUGUUGGAUUGGGAGGUUAUCACACAAUGAUAUUUUAGUCAAGUCUUCUGCACAAUGUGUUCAAUUUUAUUUUAAAUAUUUGUACAAAAGUUGACAUUUUAUGACUGUUUUUUAUUGCUAGAUAUAAGUACAUUUUACAACUUGAACUUUGAAGAAUGAAAACUGUUCUAGUGUAUUUAUAAUGGAGGUCCUUUGUAACUCAGGAAAUUUUACAUCGAUUGUAAUGUAGCCACAUAGGUUUACAUGAAUUUAUUCAGCGAGUUUUUAUUACGUUCAUAGUGAGUGUGGGUAUUGAAUAAAUGAUCACAUCUUCAGUCUCAUCUUUCUAUCAUCUUUCUAUCAUCUUUCUAUGCUGCUUGUAAAGGAAUGCAUUAUAGGGAGGUAUGAAUGCAAAUGAUGAGUGAAUGGAUUUUUAUAAAGAAUAAAAGGAACAUUUUUUUUAAGUAUAGUGCAUGAUAUCAAACCAAAACAUUUGUGCUUGUAUAAAUGACUAAGAUUUUUUCAGGAUUUAAAAUAUAUGAUUAUUUACAGAUUUUAAUUUAAUGACAAAUCUGUUGAAGGUUCAUUUUUGUUACUUUGUCAUUAUUUCAUGUACCAGUACAUGUAGUGAAUAACUACCAUAGUAAAAUGAAAAUAAGAUCAAUAGCAUCUCUUUUGUGACCAUUAAUAGUUUUCAUAUGUAUAUCAUAGCAUGUAAUUGUUCAAGCCAUCACUUUGUUCAAAACUUGGGCAUUGUUAAAUGUUUUAAUGCGUAUUUGUACUUUACCUUGUUCCUUUCAAUAUCUUAUUUACUUUUUAGUGUCAGAUUUCUAAAUAUAUUUAUUAUGCUAA